AUGGGGGACGCUACGGAGAGGAUUCAUAUAAAGAAUUGCUACGCUGAGCCGUGGAAGGUCCCCUACUCGGACAUCCGCUUGGCGAGCAAGCAGACCGAGUCCGUCGGAAUGGCCUGCAGCUAUCGAUAUGUUGCGGCCCCAUGGGAUGUCGGUGGGGGAGGUAUGAUGGGCCUCAUUAACCUAGCGGACUGUGGCCGUAACCCUCCCGUGACGAAGAUAAAGGGACACACUGGAUCUAUACAAGACCUGGCAUUCAGCCCUUUCUAUGAGUCGAUUCUUGCCUCUGGAUCAGAGGACAUGACGAUCCGCAUUUGGGACGUCCCCAGCGAUCCGCCUCCUGGGCACGAGCUAAAGGACCCCGUAGCCAUCCUGACGGGCUCUGCCAAGAAAGUAAUCGCUACAGAAUGGAACCCUGUAGCGGAUUUUAUCCUUGCAUCGGGUUGCUUCGACGGGACCGUUGCGCUUUGGGACGUCGAUUCAGCGUCCUUAGUCAAUUCGAUCUCGCUGAGCGACUCGGUUCUUUCUGUUAAAUGGAGCAACUGCGGAGACAAACUCGCUACAACAAGCAAAGAUAAAGCCCUCAGCAUAAUUGACCCCCGAGCAAAGAACGUUGUGGCCUCAGUCACCUGCCACGAGGGCCCCAAAGCAACUAAAUGCUGUUGGGUCGAUGGAUUCGCUGGCGCCGCUGGCCAUGUGCUCACUACUGGAAGUAGCAAGACUAACGUUAGGGAGUUACACCUGUGGGACGUCAAGAACAUAACCAAGCCGCUUGUUCGCGUGGAAAUUGACCGUGGUUCGCAGCCAUUGUAUCCAAUCUUCGACGAAACCCUCGGGAUGCUCUAUGUGGCAGGCAAGGGCGACGGCAACCUACGGUACUUCCAGUUAUGUGGGGGAGAACUUCGUCGUGUUGACGAGUACCGAUCGAACGUCCCCAUCAAGUCUUUCUGUUUCAUUCCAAAGCUGGCUGUUGACCAGAAGCGGGCGGAGGUAGGGCGGAUGCUCAAGAACGAGAAUGGAAAGGUCCUUCUUCCCGUUUCAUUUAUUGUCCCCCGAAAGAACAUGGACGUGUUUCAGGCUGACCUAUACCCGCCUACUCCUGGCGUCGAUGCAGCCCUGACUGCAGCUGAGUGGCUGUCCGGGAAGAAUGGAGAAGUCAAGCGGAUUGUGCACCAGCCUGGAAACACUCCGCAGUUCAAAGGGGCUGCGAAGAGUCGCGUAACCCAAGCAGGAGGAGUUCGGAGGCUUGAAUCUGUCAGAAGCGUUUCUGAGCAGGCGCCGUCUGUGUUGCAAAAGACUGUAGAGAAGGCCCAAGACGAGACGAAGAGACUCGACGCCGUCAACAAGUCACAGGAAACGCAGAUUCACCAACUACAAGCUCGUAUCAAGGAACUUGAACCUCUGGAGGCGAAGGUGAAGCAGCAGGAGGCCAAGAUUAAAGCUCUUGAGAGCCAAGUACAAGAAUCAGCGAAGCAGAGUUCCAGCACCAGCUCGGGGGAGUUGGAGGAAAAUAUGCGGCAGCUUGAAGCCGAUAAUGUAUCACUUCGUGCCCAGCUCGAAGACAGCUCCUCGAAGGUGGUUCAGGCACUGAAAGAAUGCAAGGCCAAAGAUGCGGAACUGCAGAAGCUCCGUAGUCAGCUGGACGCAGCUGAGAAACAACUGGCGGAGCUAAGCAGCAACAUGGCAAGGGCCGAGGGUACAUUACACCGAGCUGCUACUUUGUCGGGGCUGGAUGAAGGCGUUCGCCAGGAGUUUAACGAAAUGAGGGACUUCUUCCGGGAGAUUCUAGACGGGACACUAGUUGAACUAAACAAGGAAUGA